AUCAUAGUGGGGGAAAAAGGAUAUUAUUCGAGCCGCAAACCCUCGUGCGAAUCAAUUUAUCCUACACUCAGUACCUUCCCAUUAACACGCCAGAGAAAGACUAACGCAAUGUAACCCUAUAAGUUACGCCACUGACCCCCCUGACAUUGGUUCUCCGGCCAUCUUGUUCCUGGCAACCCGUAUCAAUACAGAGCUAAUGCCCUACGCCAAGAAAACUUGAUGAUCAGCGUUGUUCCUGAGUGGCUGUUCGGCAAAUGAAUACGAGGAUCUGCAGUUCACCAUCCGUGCUGGGGGAAGUCAUUUCGCAGUCAAGAGUCGAGACUGUCGAAUACUUAAAAGUGGAGGAAGGACGCUUCCACCCCGACAGCAGAAAGAGUUCUCCUCUUCUUCGCCUCCCGUUUUACUUCCAACCCUACGCACACGCCCUCGAGUGUCCUGUCGGCCAGUAAAAGCCCAUCAACAUGAAGUGGUCAGCAUUGCUCCCUCUAUCGGUCUCUGCCCUGGCCGUUCUUCCCUCCACUGCUGCGUGGGAGUUCACGUGGAAAGAUGCCAGCAACACAACACACGUGGAAUCCGGCCACGGGCCCUCCAAGUGUAUCACUGUCAAUCAUGAAAAGGGAAUGGUAUUUGCCAUCGAUGCGCAAGGCGAGAAGAAUAUAAAUAUGUUAUUGUACGGCACCGACGACUGCUCGGGCAAGGCUGUGGGACAGGCGACCGAGCGCUUUUCCAAAGCGUCGUCGGUAGCCAUCCAUGGUUUCCAAGUUGAGAGUCUCUCGACCGGAUCGAAUUCGACCACGACUGCAACGAACGCUACAGUGACAUCAACGAGGUCAACUCAAUCCUCCUCUACGGCCACUGGCGGAUCCAGCGAUGUGCCAACGGCGUCGGCGACAACCACGUCCGAUACCCCUGCUACGACCACAAGCGCGAGUGAAACGAGCACGCCCACCCCGAAUGCAUCACUGCGACUGUCCAUUACCGGUAGUGACAUGGCAAAGACCGUGAUUGGUAUGGUGUUGGGACUUGCGACAGUUGAAUGGCUGUGUUAAUCAACCCUGACGGUGACGGAGAGGAGAGGAAGAUGGUUUAAAUUUGUCGAUGGCUGGAUAGCUCUGGUCUGUUUAUGAUAAUAAGAUGCACAGUAUUCCAUAACGGCUCCUAUGGCUCAGUUGGUAGAGCGCAUGACUAGUAAUCAUGAGGUCCGCGGUUCAAAUCCGCGUGGGAGCAUUUCUUUCUUUUUUUCUUUUUUUCUUUUUCCCGCAAUGGGUUUAAUUAAU